GUCAGACAAUCCGUAGAAACACUCAAGAACGGAUCAGACCGCACUCGGGAUUAUUUCAAGUAGGUUCUGGCCCACACCGCGAGAGCGACUCCAAGAACACUCCCAGAGCGGCAAUGCCAAAGCGACAACAAGAGCGACAACAAGAGCGAUAGCGACAGCAGCAACAGAAGCGAUAGCGACAGCGACAAUAGCAAAGCCGCAAAGCCGCAAAGCAGCGCAGCAGCGCAGCAACAGCAACAACAGUACCGAUAGCGACGAAACACAGCAGCAACACGCCAAUGGCUGCAGACCCUGAAAAGACGUCGGCCGUCGAGGCCGCCCUGCACCCUGGAGCCAAUGCGACUGGAUCGACGGACAACCGUAUUGUCCGGCUAGAGGAGUUGGCUGCUGCCGACCGAGCUCUGGCGGAGCAGUAUGGCUACCAGCCGGUAUGUCUCGCGCCGGUCCUCUGCCGCUGGUGGUAGGCAGUAGUUGAUGCGAUAUGUAGGUCUUCAAACGCGAAUUCGGCUACCUCUCAACCUUCUCCUUCGCCUUCAGUAUUUCCGGGAUGUUCGCGACCAUCUCCACCACUUUCUCCUACCCUCUCGCGGCCGGCGGCUCUGCAUCGGUGAUCUGGUGCUGGCUCAUUUCCGGCUUUGGCUGCAUGUGCAUCGCCGCAUCGGUUGCCGAGUUGGUGUCUGCGUACCCUACCAGCGGCGGCCUCUAUUUCACCAUCUCCCGUCUUGCUCCUCGCCGCUGGGUCCCGUCCAUUAGCUGGGUGACGGGCUGGAUCAACCUGCUGGGCCAGGUCGCUGGAGUUGCCUCGUCGGAAUACGGUUCAGCCCAGAUGUUGCUGGCGGCAGUAUCCAUGGGCCGGAACUUCAACUGGACUCCAAGCACUGGGCUCACCGUCGGUGUGAUGGCUGCUCUGACAGCGCUGGCCGGCAUCCUCAACUCGCUACCGACGGGGUGGAUGGAGAAGAUGACGCGGACCUACGUUAUCUUCCAUCUGCUCGUUGCGGUUACAUGCUGCAUUGCCAUGCUGGCCAAGAACGACCACAAGAAUGACGCCUCGUAUGUUUUCACGGACAUCGAUGCGGCGUCUGGCUGGCAUCCCGUGGGAUGGUCCUUCUUGUUCGGCUUUCUCUCCGUCUCCUGGACCAUGACGGAUUACGAUGCGACGGCCCACAUUGCCGAAGAGAUCCAAGACCCAGAACACAAAGCGCCAUGGGCCAUCUUCGUGGCCAUGGCGUGCGUCUACGUCCUCGGCUUCCUGUUCAACAUCGUCCUAUGUUUCUGCAUGGGCAGCCCGUCCGCCAUCCUCGCGUCUCCCAUGGAGCAGCCGGUUGCUCAGAUCUUCUACGACAGCUUGGGCAAGGCUGGCGGCAUCGUGUAUACGGUAUGCGCCUUUAUCCUCCUGCAGUUCAUUUGCUUCACCGCGCUGCAGGCCCUUGCUCGGACCGUUUUCGCCUUCUCCCGGGACCGCCUGCUGCCUUUCUCGUCCGUUUGGAUCAGGAUCAACCGGUUCACGGGAACGCCGCUGUAUGCGGUCUGGUUCUCCGUGUUUUGGUGUAUCGCCAUCAACCUGAUCGGCCUGGGUAGCUAUGCUGCCAUUGAGGGUGUCUUCAACAUCACCUCCAUUGCAUUAGAUUGGUCGUAUGUGAUUCCCAUCAUCUGUAAGCUGAUGUUCAACCAGUUUGAGCCUGGGCCGUGGCACAUGGGCAAGUUCUCGGUCGCCGUGAACGUGUGGUCCGUCCUGUGGACGGCCUUUGUCUCGGUCAUCUUCUUCUUCCCAACAACACGACCGGUGGUGCCGGACAACAUGAACUAUGCCAUUGUCUACAUGGCGUUUAUCCUCCUGUGCGCCAUCGUGUAUUGGUACAUCCGAGGAAAGAAAUUCUACGUUGGUCCGAUCAAGGAGGUUGUGAUCGAAGGGCAUGGGAACGAUAGCGACGGCGUUGUCAUGUCGAGUCCGGCGGAGAGCUUCAACAAGGAACGGGAGGCGUCUCGAUUCUACUCAGCCUGUCUUGUAACAUCAUUCAAAGUCAAAAUAGCAGAUGAUAUCUAGCGCGAUAGACUUACAGUCCUUCAUGUCUUUCUUUCCGUGUACCCUCGAGUUUAGAGUCUGACUUGGGUUCAGGCAAGGUGAUCCACAAGCAUCUGUACUGCCCUCCGAAUUACUCGAAGCCAACCCAAGGAUACCGUCUGUAAUCGAAGCCGCUUGACAAUAUUCACAUGUUCUUCUCCCUGACAGUGGCUGAGGAUAAAGUUUGAACGAAUAUUUCAUUUUGCCGUUCCGAAAAGAGCGGCGAUGCAUGUUAGGGCUAGAUAUGCAAAACAGGCCGCUGGUGGCAGUAGGUAUAGUCUGUCCAGGAGCCGUGAGUCACUAACCGUAUGCUAUGACUUGCUUUCUUUUCCAGUGUGCUCGAUAUGAGAGCCAAAAUGAGGAAAGAAAGCCCAUAGGCCACGCAUCUAGAAUCAAUGGACAAAGUUGAUGCCUC